GGACAGCCCUGGCAGAGUUCGGUGCUGCUCGGCGCGGCAGUGCGCAGGCCCCACUAGGUAGAAUGUAAUUUCAGAUUGGACAAGCUUUGUGACCAUCAGCGAGAGAUUGAUCCUGUCAACAUUUCAGCUUCUUCAGGUGUAGAACAACAUAUACCACCGUGGAGGGAACACAAUGUCUGAAGAACAGGAGCCACGAAGCUACUACGUGGGCGUGGAUGUUGGAACAGGCAGCGUCCGUGCUGCUCUCGUUGACCGGAGAGGGGUCCUUUUGGCCUUCGCAGACCAACCAAUUAAGAGGUGGGAGCCUCAGUUCAACCACCAUGAGCAAUCCUCUGAAGACAUCUGGGAUGCGUGCUGUGUUGUCACAAAGAAAGUUGUACAAGGGAUCGAUUUAAACCAAAUUCGAGGACUUGGGUUCGAUGCCACAUGCUCUCUGGUUGUCUUGGAUAAACGGUUUCGUCCUUUGCCAGUAAACCAUGAAGGGGAUUCCCAUCGAAAUGUCAUCAUGUGGCUGGACCACCGAGCAGUCAGUCAGGUGCAUAGGAUCAAUGAGACGAAGCACAGUGUCCUCCAGUAUGUUGGGGGCGUGAUGUCUGUGGAAAUGCAGGCCCCAAAGCUUCUCUGGCUGAAAGAGAACUUGAGAGAGACUUGCUGGGAUAAGGCGGGACAUUUCUUUGAUCUCCCAGACUUCUUAUCAUGGAAGGCAACAGGUGUCACAGCACGGUCUCUCUGCUCCCUGGUAUGCAAAUGGACAUACUCAGCUGAGAAAGGUUGGGAUGACAGUUUCUGGAAGAUGAUUGGUUUGGAAGACUUUGUUGCUGAUAAUUACAACAAAAUAGGAAACCAGGUGCUACCUCCCGGAACUUCUCUUGGAAGUGGGCUCACACCAGAGGCUGCAAAGGAGCUUGGCCUUCGCCCCGGGGUCCCAGUGGCAGCCUCGCUCAUUGAUGCCCAUGCCGGAGGACUAGGAGUGAUUGGAGCAGAUGUGAGGGGUCAUGGCCUCAUCUGUGAGGGACAGCCAGUGACGUCACGGCUGGCUGUCAUCUGUGGAACAUCUUCUUGUCACAUGGGGAUCAGCAAAGACCCAAUUUUUGUACCAGGUGUCUGGGGGCCUUAUUUCUCAGCCAUGGUCCCUGGGUUCUGGCUGAACGAAGGUGGUCAGAGUGUCACUGGAAAAUUGAUAGACCACCUGGUGCAAGGCCACCCUGCCUUCCCUGAAUUGCAAGCCAAGGCCACAGCCAGAUGCCAGAGUAUAUAUGCAUAUUUGAAUAGUCACCUGGAUCUGAUUAAGAAGGCUGAGCCUGUGGGUUUCCUCACUGUUGAUCUGCAUGUUUGGCCAGAUUUCCAUGGCAACCGGUCUCCCUUAGCAGAUCUGACACUAAAGGGCAUGGUCACUGGAUUGAAACUAUCUCAGGACCUCGAUGAUCUUGCCAUCCUCUACCUGGCCACAGUUCAAGCCAUUGCUUUUGGGACCCGCUUCAUUAUAGAGGCCAUGGAGACAGCAGGGCACUCCAUCAGUACUCUUUUCUUGUGUGGGGGCCUGAGCAAGAAUCCUCUUUUUGUGCAGAUGCAUGCAGACAUUACUGGCAUGUCUGUGGUCCUGUCGCAAGAGGUGGAGUCUGUUCUUGUGGGAGCUGCUAUUCUGGGUGCUUGUGCCUCGGGGGAUUUCACUUCUGUGCAGGAGGCAAUGGCAAGAAUGAGCAAAGUCGGGAAAGUUGUGUUUCCGAGACUUGAGGAUAAGAAAUAUUAUGACAAGAAAUAUCAAGUAUUCCUGAAGCUGGUUGAACACCAGAAGGAGUAUUCAGCAAUCAUGAGUGGGGACUGAACAGACACCAAUGCCAUUAGGACCUCUGUCCUUGCAUCUUACAUUCAAGACCCUUUAGGUAUCAUCUCAUCAUUUCUGUAUUAUCUUCUAAUAAAAAUUUGGAUAUGUGCAACCAGAA